CCAGAGAGCUGCCAGGAGCUGGAGACCUUUUCUGGCGAGGUACUGUCAGAGAGGAUGUUCUCGUCUUCGUCCAGAAACUCUCUGUUCUCGCCCUGGUCGUCCAUGGAGCAGUCGGACAGUGAAGGGCUGGACAUCAGCACCAAAGUGCAGCUGCACGGCGUCCUGUGGAAGAGGCCUUUCGGACGCCCGUCGGCCAAGUGGUCCCGCAGGUUCUUCAUCAUCAAAGACAGUUUCCUGCUCUACUACGCCGAGAGCGAGAAGAGAAGCUUCGACAGCAACAGGUACUUCAACAUCCACCCGAAGGGCGUGAUCCCUCUCGGAGGAUGUGUGGUGUCGGCUCAUGAAAACAUGGGGAUGCCGUUUGCCAUCGUCAUCAACCUGGAGGAUUUCACUGGAACCAUCGUCCUGGCGGCUGAGUCUGAGGAGGAGCAGCUCCAGUGGAUGGAGAUGCUCCAGGAGUCGGGGAAAGUCACGUGGAAGAACGCUCAGCUGGGCGAGGCCAUGAUCGAGAGUCUGGAGGCUCAGGGGCUGCAGCUGGCGAAGGAGAAGCAGGAGUAUCUGGAUAAACUGAUGGAAGAAACUGAGGAGCUCAGUCAUCAGCGGGCGCAGAGAGAAGAGCUGGAGCGUCUGAACCAGGUUCUGGAGGAGGAGAAGAUGAAGUUUGAGGAGGUGGUUCUGGAGCUGAAGUCCGAACAGGAACAAAUCAAACAAGAUCUGGACGGAACCACUCAGUCCCUGAAAGGUGUCGAGAGCGAGAAGGAGGAGCUGAGCAGUUUGACAGUGAUGCUGCAGAAAUCCAUCGAGGAGCUGUCUCAGGAGAAGCAGAGAACCCUUGAGCUCCUGGGGGUGAAAGAGCAGGAGCAGGAGGAGGAGGAGGAAGAAGAGAAGAGCUCCUGCAGGAAGUCGUCUGAGGAGGGAGACGAGCUCGGAGACGGAGAUCUGCUGAAGGACCUGCGACACAUCGAGGAGCAGAUGAAGAUCCUGCUGAAGGAGAAGGAGCAGGCCGACGAGAAGCUGAGGGAGAACGAUCAGCGAGCCAAAGACCUGCAGCAGGAGAGGGAGUUCUACUCGUCUCAGGCCCAGACGCUGCAGCAGUCGCUCUCUCAGCUCACUGUGGACAAACAGCAGACUGAGGCCGAGCUCAAGGCGGAGAUCCAGUCUCGGGUGGAGCUGGAGCACAGGCUGCAGCAGGCGGAGGAGGCUCUGCAGGAUCUGGAGAAAGGCCUGAACUCACUGGAGCGAACCAAAGAGCGAGACGAGAAGAUGAAGGGGGACGUGACUCAUCUGAGGAGGUUCUUUGAGGAGUGUAUCUGUGCAGCAGAGAUCGAGGCGAAGCUUCCAGCGAUCAUGAAAAACGCUGUGUACCUCCACAAAGCCGCCGCUCGCAGAAUCAAGAGCUGCCGCAUCCAGAGGAGAGCGUCCAGACGCCACUGGU